GGCUUCCUUUGAAGUUUUCCCUUAGAUUUUUGUUUUCUCCUAGUCUCUCUUUGUGUAAAGGUAGCGGGAUUUUAAUGGAUCAGUUCUAUGAAUUUGCUUAUUCAGUUGUACGGCGUGCAGCAAGAUUCCUGAGAGCUCCGAAUGGGGAUCACGAUCAGGAUGGCGUUGACGGUGCGCUGACGCAGAUCGAUUACUUACUUGGAUACACGCGAAACAUUUGCGAAAAUUAUCCGGAGGAUCAGACAGUGCAAGCGCAAGAGUUGUUUGAUGUGUUGGUACACUGUGCUGACGAUUUACGAGGCUUACUACAAGAAGACGAGGAUGGAACCAGAUCUGUUUUUGUUGUCAGUUUGGACACUAAUUCGUACGGGAAAAUAUUGAUCCCAGAGGAUGAUUUGGCCCAUCUACGAUUGGAAGGAUUCACUGUUAACGAUAUUGCUGGGUUUUAUGGAGUCUCGCCUAGGACAAUUACUUACAGAUUGGCAGCAGCUAACCUGAAUCAAAAAUUUGUAGACAUUACGGAUGAUGAUCUGGAUUUGGUGAUUGCGGAUAUUUUGAACUCAUUCCCGAAUGUCGGUUGUCGCUAUGUUCAUGGCCAGCUAAAAACGGGCGGACUGGUGGUGCAGCGUAGAAGGAUUCUGGCUUCUUUGAAACGACUUGAUCCGUACGGAGUUGCCAACCGUUUUUUAAAUUUUGUACCGCGACGCGUGUAUUCAAAUGCUGGGCCGAACGCUUUGUGGCAUAUGGAUGGAAACCAUAAGUUGGUGCGAUGGGGAUUCGUAAUUCAUGGUAUCAUAGACGGAUAUUCGCGAUCGGUUAUUUCGCUUGUUGUGGCGACGAAUAAUCGCGCUAGCACGGUGCUGCAAGCAUUCUUGGCUGGCGCUGAAGCAUGGGGUGUGCCGUCGAGAGUGAGAAGCGAUUGUGGUGGGGAAAAUUUUGGUGUAGCACGUUGGAUGGAGCAUUACAUGGGAGAAAAUCGCGCAAGUAUCAUUAUGGGACCGUCGGUUCACAAUCAGCGGAUAGAACGGCUGUGGAGGGAUUUAGGCCGCGUUGUGAUUAAGCUGUUCCGAUCAGUCUUUAUACAAAUGGAAAAUUUGGGAAUUUUGGACUUUACCAGCCCCCGCGAUAUGAUGAUUUUACAUUUGGUUUAUUUGAACAAGAUCCAAGAAAAGCUUGAGCAGUUCAGUUCGCUCUUCAAUAACCAUAGGCUUACAACGGAAGGCGGGAAGUCGCCAAGACAGCUUUUUCUUCUAGGAUGUCAGCAAAAAGGCCUGAAAGGAUUCCCGCUGCACCACGUAUUAAGCGAAGAUAACCAGUUGCCGGAUGCUGAUGUAGAUGAACCUCAAAACUUUCCGCAGUACAUACGCAACCAAGUCGCCCAUUCCAGAGAUUCAGUGCCGGUCAUGGAUGUGGUCAGUAGCUUUCCUGAUGAAGCUCAUCUGAUUCGGACUAGCAUGGAUGUUACAGUGGAUGAUGGAGUUUAUGGGGUUAACAUUUUUCGUGAAGCAAAGGAAUUAAUAGAGCAUCAGUUUGGUUGAAGAAAGGCUGCUUCUUGUGUGUCUGCAAAGUGAGUCGACGUUAUGAGUGCACGGUUGAUACCGGUCAUGAAUGUAUUCGUAUAUUAGGUAACGGUAACGGUAAAUUGUUUAAUGCGCAUUAAAAAUAAGCAAGCAUUUCUCCUGCCAGCCUUGUUUUACGGUAGUUGUGGUUAUGAGUACAGAAAUUUGAUAUUGAGUUGCUUGUCUGACGUAAUGCAGUAUGCUUCUGUUUGGAUUAUGUGUGUCGGUUGUACAGGAUUUCUGCAUUAUUUAUGUUUUUCUCCUGAGUACUGUAUUACACACAUUUUCAUGGUGAAGAUAUUGUUUUGUGGUACCGUAUUAUUAAUGAGAACAACAGGCAUUCGGGUAUA